AUGUUCGAUAUCGAAUGGCCGUUCGAAACUCACAUGGAUUUUAUUGGUCAAAAAAUGGCUGAACGUUUAUUUCAAGUCAUAAUUGUUGCUUUCGGUAUUGUUGGUUUUAUAUCUGGUUAUAUACUUCAACAGUAUUCGAUUACAAUUUAUAUUGUUCUAACAGGUCUUGCAGUAUCCGCAUUGUUAACAUUACCACCAUGGCCAAUGUAUCGAAAUCAUCCAGUUCAGUGGCAAAAACCAGACUUGGUAACAACAACAAGAGAUAAAGAAUAUAGUAGUAAAAGUGGCAGCAGUAAACCACCUAAAAAGGAGACAAGAAAAAAAACAAAGAAAGAUGAAUAG